AAUAACUGUCUAUUUAUUGGCAUCUUGCUUCCACUUGGGCCUGCAAACAGGAGAGUCCCCUCGGGAGGAGAUGGUUACCAGUGGUUGAAAUUGCUUAGAAAAUCAUGAGUGCCACCAAUUGGUCGGAGAAGGGAAAGCUGAAUAAAAGAGGCCGAGAGGGAGGGUCCUAACCACAAAAUUACCCUGGAAAGAGGAAAUGUAACAACACAGGAGCUGUGGUUUAACAUGAGCCAACACCUAUGUAGAACUUUCUGCUGACCAGAUAUUAUUCUAAGCAGUUUACAUAUAAUUCCUUUCUCACAACACUCCUAAGUGGUACGAAUUAUUACUACCUGCAUUUUUCUGAUAAAGAAAUUAAGGUGGCUGGGCCAGGUGGCUCACGUCUGUAAUCGCAGCACUUUGGGAAGCCAAGGCAGGUGGAUAACUUGAGGUCAGGACUUCGAGACCAGCCUGGCCAACAUGGUGAAACUCCGUGUGUAGUAAAAAUACAAAAUUAGCUGGGUGUGGUGGGUGCCUGUAAUCCCAGUUACUCGCGAGGCUUAGGCAUGAGAAUCGCUUCAACCUGGGAGGCAGAGGUUGCUAUAAGCCAAGAUCGCAUCACUGCAUUCCAGCCUGGGCGACAGAGGGAGACAAGAAAGAAAAGGAACGAAGGAAGGAAGGAAGAAAGAAAGGGAGGGAGGGAGGGAGGGAGGGAGGAAGGAAGGAAGGAAGGAAGGAAAAAUAAAAGAAAAAGAAAAAAAAAAGGCACCAGCGAGGUGGGUGGUUCACACCUGUAAUCUCAGCGCUUUAGGAGGCCAAGGAGGGAAAGACCUGAGGCCAGGAGCUCGAGAUCAGCCUGGGUAAUACAGUGAGACCCCAUUUCUACAAAAAAAUUAGAAAAUAUUAGCAGGGUGUGGUAGGGCGCGCCUGUGGUCCCAGUUACUGGGAGACUGAGGCGGGAGGAUCGCUUGAACCCAGGAGUUUGAGGCUGCAGUGAGAUAUGAUGACGCCACUGCACUCCUGCCUGGGCCACAGAGCAAGACCCUGUCUCUAAAAAAAUAUUUUUUAAUUAAAUAAAAAAUAAAAAGAAAUGAAGGCACAGAGAGGUUACCGAACUUUUGCCCAAGGUCAGACAGCAAAAUGGAAAGAAGGGCAGGUGAGUAGGCAGCAAGACACCGCAGAUGGGACAGUUGCAAGUAGUGCACGAAGAAGCUGGUGCCCUCCCCAAGGUGGGACGAAAGUACUGUAUGUCCCUCUGCCCCAUAACCACCUCCUCGCGAGGACAAAGGACACCUGACACGUCACUCCUCCCUCGCCCCUGCGCACACACACGCCCCUCACCCUACCCCAGGUCAGAAGACCCCGAAGGGCUUUCUCUGGACUCCUGGGACCCUGGAGGCGCGGCUGACGCCUUAGAGGCUGAAUGAGAGUCCCUCUCCGGCAGCAGGCGACACGUCUCUCUCGCGCCACCCCUCCCAGGGUCGGAAGCUCCCGCCUGUCCAGUGGCACAAAUGAAGUUUGCCUCCUCGGGCUCCUGCGAAACCGUGGAAGCUAUGAGAGUCACAAGUUCCUAAAUGUAAGCAGCCCCUCAGGAACCGAAGGCCAAUCGGACGCAAUUCCACCCUCCAGGAAAGCGCAGGAAGAGGGAACAAGCAACGCCGACGCGGCGUGAGGGACCUAACACAGGGCGGUCGCACAGGCGCGACCCUUCUCGCGCCUUCUCAAAACCCAAGCAAACACGGCCGGUUCCUACACCCGCCGGGGCCCGAGCCUGCAGCCUCCGGCUCUCCUGGCCCGUUCUGGGCACCGCCUGCGGCCCAUGCCCAAGACUGCGCUCUGCUGUCCCUGCGCACCCGGCGCCUACACUGGCGGGGCGGGCCCAAGCCGGAUCCGCCAACCCGACGACCCACCUCCCUCGGGGCUGCCCCAGACGCCAGCUGGGAGCUUCUACCUUGACGCUAGAAUUUGAAUUUUCAAACCCUUGUGGCUACAGGCUUUAAAACGCUAGCUCCAGAAACCAGCUAAAGUAUUGCAUUGAACAGAAAACCAAAUACCUCAUGCCGUCACUCAUAAGUGGGAGCUAAACAUUAGGAACACGUGGACAUAAAAGUGGCAACAACAGACACUGUGGUCUACUAGAGGGGGCAAUGAAAACGGGCUAAGCUGCACUCCAAAUCCCAGCAUCACACAAUAUAUCCAGGCCACCGCUCCGUCAUUUUCCCGAGCCUGGAUCUUUAUUGCUUUACGACCACACGUCGUGAAAUAAGAAAGUGUUGCGGCAGUACUGGCGGAAGCUAGCCUUGUGUUUUGCGGCAGUAGUAUGAGCUAGGUCCGGAUCCUGCUAGACACCGGCGGGCGCGAGCCGUUGCAGGUACCUGGCGGUGGUUGCGCUGGUGAACGGCUCAGAAGUUUAUUUCUUCACACUUUUAAGUUUUUUUUUUCUUUUUAGUCUUCAGAAAGGCAACAGUAGUCUUUUAACGUCACUGUUACAAGUUUUUCUUUGGGUGAUCGCUCCUUCCCUCUUCAGCGGAUCCCUCCCCGCCUCCAUCCUCGUCCUGUGGGAGAGACCAGCCUUCUGGUGCUGCAGUCAGUAAUGGAGCUUGACAACGCUCUGGAAGCCCCAUCGCAGGAAGACUCUUCUUUGUCUGAGGAGCUGUCUCACUCCGCCUUUGGACAGGCCGCCUCCAAGAUUUUACACGGUCUUACCUGCCCGGAGUCACGACGAGGCAACGUAAAAGAUGUAGCUCUUAAAGACCUCGGUGAUCUAAUAGAAGCCACCGAAUUUGAUAGGUUAUUUGAGGGGAGUGGUGCACGGUUCCGCGGAAUGCCGGAGACACUGGGGCAGGUGGCAAAAGCCCUGGAGAAGUAUGCAGCCCCCCCCAAGGAGGAGGAAGGUGGAGGUGAUGGGCACUCCGAAGUGGCCGAGAAAGCAGCCCAAGUUGGGUUACUGUUUCUUCAGCUGCUAGGGAAAGUUGAGACUGCUAAGAAUUCCCUGGUCGGUCCUGCAUGGCAGACGGGCCUGCAUCACUUGGCAGGACCCGUUUAUAUUUUUGCCAUCACACACAGCUUGGAGCAACCAUGGACCACUCCGAGAUCUCGGGAAGUUGCUAGGGAGGUGCUCACCUUACUGCUUCAAGUUACUGAAUGCGGUUCUGUGGCAGGAUUCCUACAUGGAGAACAUGAAGAUGAGAAAGGGAGACUUUCGGUGAUAUUAGGGCUUCUCAAACCCGACUUGAAUAAGGAAUCCUGGAAGAAUAACCCUGCCAUCAAACAUGUUUUCUCAUGGACUCUGCAACAGGUCACUCGGCCCUGGCUGAGCCAGCAUCUGGAAAGGGUACUUCCUGCAUCGUUGCUCAUUUCAGAUGAUUAUCAGACCGAGAACAAAAUCCUGGGCGUACACUGUCUCCAUCACAUUGUGCUUAAUGUGCCAGCUGCUGAUUUGCUCCAGUAUAACAGAGCCCAGGUCCUAUACCAUGCCAUUUCCAACCACCUGUACACGCCAGAGCACCACCUCAUUCAGGCUGUGCUCCUGUGUCUGCUGGAUUUAUUCCCCAUCCUGGAGAAAACCCUGCACUGGAAAGGAGAUGGAGCUCGACCCACCACCCAUUGUGAUGAGGUCCUGCAGCUGAUCCUGACCCACAUGGAGCCAGAGCACCGCCUUCUUUUACGCAGGACCUAUGCAAGAAACCUGCCAGCUUUCGUGAAGAGGUUGGGGAUCCUAACUGUCCGGCACUUAAAGAGGCUGGAGAGAGUCAUCAUUGGUUAUCUGGAGGUUUAUGAUGGACCUGAGGAGGAAGCUAGGUUGAAGAUACUGGAAACCCUAAAACUUCUCAUGCAACAUACUUGGCCCAGAGUUUCCUGCAGACUUGUGGUCUUACUGAAGGCUCUCUUGAAAUUGAUUUGCGAUGUAGCAAGGGAUCCAAACCUUACACCUGAGUCUGUUAAGAGUGCCCUGCUACAGGAGGCCACAGACUGCCUGAUUCUCCUGGACCACUGUUCUCAAGGACAGGUAAAGGGUCUCCUGGCCAAAAUUCCCCAAAGCUGUGAAGACAGAAAGGUGUUGAACUGUAUCAGAAAAGUGCAGCAGGUUUCUGAAGGCGCUCCCUACGAUGGAACUUAAGAUUUGUAUUACUUUCCCAAGAGGAAAGGAUUUUCUUCCCAUCCCAAUUUGUAUGAAUGGAGUUAUUUAAGAAAAAAAGAUAUUUUUACACGAAACUUUGUAAGGGAAAGCUGCUUUUUCCUUCUUUCUUUCCUUUUACCUCCAUAAGAGUAGGAAAAGUAGAACAAGAAAAAAUUGAACUCCUUCCAUUUCUAAAUAAAGUUUGGGAGAAAAAAGGACACCAAGGAAUGUAGCAUUUAAAAUUUAGAAAUAUUUACAUCCGUCAUCUCAUCCCAGAUUCAAGAACUCAUCUGUUAUAUUUCUCAGGCACAAGCCGUUACUUCAACACAUAAGCUAUAAAAACACUCUUGUUCACAACUUAGCUUUCUUCACUCACUCCAGAUUUCUUGCCCCACUGACGUGGCAUAAAUAAUAAAAACAUAAAUAUUGUGUUCAAUACAACACAAAAGAGCAAAACCUGGAGGUGUGUAUGUGUUUAAGAUAAAAAAAUAAAAAAAAAAAAAGAAA